UAUAAUCACAUUUCUUUUCAUUCGCACGUUCGCCAUCCCCAUCGACUGGUGCCCCGCACUUCAAAACCCAACAAUCGCCCUUCUUUAGGCGGCUGCCUCUCGAAAUCCGCCUGGCAAUAUACCAUCACGCCCUCUCCUGCCAUCGCGUCCACCUCGUCAGAAUCCCUGGGAAAGUGGCCAGUUUUGCCUGUGCGGAGGGUACCGAGAAGGGAUAUACAUGUUUCAAGGGCCGGGGGGAGGACUAUGCCUGUUUGUCUACCAGCCUUCAUCAUCCAAUGGUGGGUUAUGGGCCUAUUUCCUUUGGCAAUCUGCCGCAGGAGCUGGAAGCGGCCCCCGUGACGUUCGCGGACGGCGCAAAGAGAGGCAUCGUUGGCGCUUUGGAUUUGUUAUCUGUUUGUCGGCAAGUCUACACCGAAGCAAUCACAGUGCUGUACAAACACCUGAUAUUCCAAAUGGACCUAAUCACUCUCCUGGCCUUCUCAAUCUCCAUCCCCGAACCCCACCUCAAAGCAAUCACAAAACUCGAAAUCAGCGGGCCGCGGCUCAACUACGUAGACUCCUGCUACUACCUCCAAUAUCUACCCUCAUUCCGCCAAAUUCGCCGACCCUCAUCAUCAUCAUCAUCAUCAUCAUCAUCAUCAUCAUCAUCAUCAUCAUCAUCGUCGCCAUCACCACGACAGUCCCGCUCAUCCUCCGCCACCUCCUCAACCACCCAACAAGCAAACAACCCCAACCCCAACCGCAUCGCCAAACCCCCCACCAUCCCAUCCCCAACCCUCUACAAAAUCAACCGAAAACUCACCUCCUUCACCCGCUACCGCGCCCAGGACAUUCCCAUCUACACCCCGCGCCCCCCCACCGCCUGGGAAGAGACAUGCACCUGCCUCCUCCCGCGCCUCUCGGGUCUCUGCGAGCUGCGCAUCUCGCUCAAGCGGCCCUGGGCCUUCAGCGAGCGGUGCAUGUCGCCUGCGGCGGAGCGGUAUCUGCUGCGCCCGCUGGUGGAGGCUGUCGUGGCCGCUGACGGCCACGACGGUGGGGGUGCCAAGUUAGCGCUGCUACGCGUGUUUGAGGUGUGGGUUGAUUGGGAGGAGGGGGUGGAGGGGCAUGGGUGGGCGGAGAAGGGGGUGUGGCCGCUGCGGAGGGGUAGGACGGCGCUGCCGGGGGAGGGGUUGGAGGGGCUUGAGACGGAGGAGGUGGAUAUGUGGAGGCCUAGUGCGUUUUUGUUGGAGAGGGGGAGUCGAGCGGCUUUGCUUCAGCAGGAGGGGUGGGAGGUGUGGGGGGAUGAGCGGUGGGAGUCGUAUUUGGUGAAGGGGGAAAAUAAGGAUAAGGAUAAUGAUAAGAGGGGUCGGGAGGGUGAGGAGGUAGAGGGGGACGAGAGUGAAGAUGGAGAUGGAUAUGAGGAGGAGAAAGGGGGGAAGCUAUGGCAGGACGCGCCGUUUAAGGUGAUUCGGUCCUUUGAAUCGAGCGAUUCGAUGAGGGAUUCUUGGUGAUGCGUUCGUUGUAUCGGAGGUUUAGUUAACCUUUUUUGGCACCGCGAUCCGCUAAUCGCAGCCAGUCAAUCGGUCAGUAUUCCAAGGUUGUCGGUACCCUUUGUCGUUAAGAGGAUGUGAUCCCUUGGCUUCUGUUUACUUCAUUUUUCUUUUUCCCUACAAUCCAAUGAGCAUAUUUGAUAUAUGUCUUUACCAAUCCUACCAGUUUCUUAUAUGUGAAUAUGCCCAAGCCACUGUCUGCAACCACAGAUAAGAGGUCACGAGGACAGGCUGGCUUUGGAUAUAGUAUCUUCCCGCAUGAUUCCCCCGUUUGUUUGAGCGACUUUAUAUAGCGUUUUUUCUUAUUCAUUACAUAUCUUGUAUGAAACUUGAAACAUGCUCAUACCGUCAAAUCUUUUCCAUCGCAUUUCAGAUGUUAUGGUAGAUGGGAUGAUAUGCUACAGACCUCUCACCAUCCAUUCGCAAUAUAAGUAAGUAGUAAGUGGUAAGUACUUCCCAGCUGCUAUAUUUAUUGCCAGCGGCAGGUCUCGUUCUCUUCCAUGAACCGGGGAUGUAAUUUU